UUUUUUCCCAUGAAUACAUGCAUUCCUCUUACGUUAUUCCCUUUGCCACCCAAAUCCACCACCACCAUCACGACUUUCGUUUGCCGUUCAAAACGCCACCAUUUAUCAAUUAUAACAUGUCAACAUUGCCGGAGGACCAACUCAAACAACUCCAAGAAAUAUUCUCUCGAUUCGACCUAGACAAAGACGGGUCUCUAACCCAUCUUGAGGUCGCGGCCCUUCUUCGGUCUCUUGGACUCAAACCAUCUGGGGACCAAAUUCACAAUCUCUUCAAAAACAUGGAUUCGGACGGAAGUGGGACCGUGGAAUUCGAUGAGUUGGUGAACUCGAUGUCGUCACAAAUGAUGACCGAAGAAAUAUUAGUAAAUCAAAAUCAACUUCUUGAGAUUUUUAAAUCUUUUGAUAGGGAUGGUAGCGGGUUCAUUACACCGGCGGAGCUAGCUAAAUCGAUGACGAAAAUGGGCCAGCCGUUAACGUAUCGUGAGUUAGCUGAUAUGGUUCGAGACGCGGAUGCAGAUGGAGAUGGUGUCAUUAGUUUUAAAGAAUUCCAAGGAAUAAUGGCUAGAUCGGCAGCCAGCUCACUUGGGUUCUCAUUGUAAUUAUGUUUGAUUCCCUAAAGAGUUGAUACA